AUGUCCGAAUCUCAUUUAAUUUGUCCUCCGUAUAAUUACUUGAGAGAUGCAAAAAUUUACAACAAAAAAGACGAAAUCGUACCCUGGCACUGGAUCGAGGAGAACGCCGAUAUUCUCGUCCUCCUAUUCACCGCUAAGGGGAUAGAUAAAGAUGGAAUUAUAGAAAAUUUCUAUAAGAUUUACGAGAACGUGAAACACCGUAAUUUCCCUUUAGAAGUGAUUUAUGUGCCCACGGACGAAACCGAAGACGAUAUGAAGGCGUGCUAUGAGGAGCAGGCGAACUGGUUUACUCUUAAGCUUUCUGACAGCCUGGUACCGGCACUCAUGUACAUAUACGAAAUAACAUGCAUUCCACACGUUUUGGUAAUCAAUGUGAACGGUAGCGUUAUUUCGAAGCAUGGUUUAAUUGAUUUGGUCGAAUAUGGUAAAAACGCUGUCGUCUCGUGGCUUUCCACAUCCGGGCCGACCAAAAAUCACAGGAGGGUAAGCAAAGAUGCAGCGAUGUACGGGACGGAGUGGCGCUUCCACAAUGCGUUCAAGCCACACGCGCAGUACAAGAAAAAAUUCAGCGACUUAGCUGAAGCAACCUCCAAAGAGACAUGA